AAGUUAAUUUCCCAGAUUAUUAAAAUUACUUGAAGAUGUCGAUGCCAUCAGGAGUCAUGAUCUCGGAUGAGUGCAUCACCGCGUCCCGGUCACUCCGCUUCGGCAGAGGGCCCAAGAAGCCCCGGUUUGUGAUCUACAAGAUCUCCGACGACGAGACCACAGUCGAACUAUGCGAAGCCUCUAGCGAACCAAACUACGAGGUCUUCCUCCACUCUCUCUGCGGCGCAGGAGACAGCACGGCGAAGCCAAUGCCACGAUACGCGGCGUACAACGUGGAAUAUGACCUCGGGGAAGACGGGAAGCGCUCUCGCCUGGUGUUUAUCAGCUGGGUCCCUCAGAACACAUCAUUGAAGCUGUGUAUGUUGUAUGCGACCACAAAGGAGCAGUUAAGGAAUGCGCUCGACAUCAAGCUUGCCAUCCACGCGGACACCCCGGAUGAACUCGAGUGGCGGAGUAUAUUGAGCGUCGCUAGUGGGGGCAAGGUCUAGAGAUUGGGGUUCUGUCUGGUAUAUUGCCGUUCGAAGCAUGCGCUAUAUCUUGUUGGCAAUGUGUAUACGGUAGUAGAUAACAUUUAAAUUACCACCCUAC